AUGAAGCUUCCAGCAAACAGUGUCAGAAUAAUUGCCUGCUCCAUCCUAAUCUUUGUGAGCUUUCUUGGAAAUACCAUACUGAUUUACUGCACCUGGAGAUGCAUUGAGAGACGCCUGCCAACUUCCUUUGCUCUUAUUUUCAGUCUUUCAGUUGUGCAUUUAGUCAAGAACUUGGUGGUCAAUACUAUAAAUAUAUCAUAUAGUGCAGGAAUUCCCUCCACUACUCUUUCCUGCAAAAUUGGAAUUUUUACUGGAUCAGUGGGCACAACAUUGGAGAUUUGGUUUACUCUGUAUUUAGCGAUAUUCUAUUGUUUUAAACUCAACCGCGUUGUCUAUCCACGAAGGGCCCCUCCAAAUGGCAAGUGGCGAAAAUUUCACUUAAUGACUGUUUUCGCUCUCUGGAUUACUGCAAUAGCACUUUCCUGUCCAUAUCUGAUAUUUGGGGACAAUGUGGAAAAUGAAGCACCACUGAACAUUUCAUACUUCUUUCAUCACAAUUUUCUAAAUGAGGAAUGCGGAAUUUUAUUUAGAGAUGAUAAUGUGAAAUUGUAUUACCAGCAAAUAUUUAUGGUUAUCAUUGACUUGCUCCCUUUGGCCAUAUUGGUCAUGUUAAGUUUUCGAAUUGUGCUUCUUCUUUAUGAGCGAAAAAAUGCUACUUAUGGAAAUUUUUGGCUUCGCCAUGAUGCUUCUGAAACAGAGGUAUUAAGAGCAUCAAAGCUGGUAAUUCUCUUAAUGUCCUUGGUUACCGCCUUAUGGAUUUCACAUUUUAUUCUUGUCUAUUUUCUAAAAUAUAUCACUUCCUGGUCUUUCUCUCCAACGGUUGUGGCUGUUUUAUUUUCUGGAUAUUCAAGUCUUAGUCCGUACUUGCUAAUGUUAAUUAAUUACAAGAUCAGCUUAAAGCUCAGAUCUUUGAGCUCCUUCUGCUGUACAAAUACAAAAAAAAGCAAAUCUUCAGAUGCUGAAAAAUCCUUGCCCAAAAAUGCUAUAGUUGAAAACUGA